CGCGGGAAGCUGGGGCGCCAUCUUGAUUCUCCGGCACAAAACCGGAGUGGCCUUUCCGAUGGCAGUUCAGUGAGCUGCACGCUCCGUUCUAGUCGACAUGUCCCAGACGGAGAUCGUUUCUCAGGAAGUGUUCCAGCGUGCCGUGAAGAAAGGGGACGCGACGGAGCUUCAGCGCUUGCUGCAACGUUGGGAAGGGUCGCUCAACGUCAACUUCUACGACCACGAGGGACAGACGGCCCUUCACAAGAGUGUCAUGGAGGGAAACUUCGAGUUGGUGAAACUGCUCGUCAAGUUCGGCGCCGACACCAAACUGGCAAACAGGGACGGCUGGUCUGCGAUCCACAUUGCAGCGUACGGUGGCCACCAGGAUAUAGCACUCUUUCUCAUCUCGGCGAACAGCGGCAGGCGGUAGUUGGGAUUACGCGCACGCCCCUUAGUUCUUGUGGCCAGGAUGUGCCCGCAGUGCCACGGCGUGCAUUCCGGGCGCUGUGCUGGGAUUGCCAUAUCAACGCAUUACCUCCUCUGCUGACUACCACGCGCCCCUGCAACCAAAGUUCCUUCGUUCGUCCAGACACAUUUGCCGUUGUAUACUUCCGCUUCCAGAGGGACGGCUCCCAAAGACUGUACUGGUGCUGCCUCCAGGACAGCUGCACUUGAGUCGAGACGUUCUUUCCGAUUACGCCUGGCGGUAACAUGGGACAUUACAGCUUCCUCGUGCGUGUGAGUGGUUCAGCGACAUAAUAACUGUACAAAUCUAUUUAUCGCCUGCUAGACGUGUGCUGUGUAAAAUCCUCACGACUGUUUGUAGAGCGACUACGAAGUGAAUGUGGUGCAGCCUGAUAUGUAACAACUCAUCUUUUCUUGAACAUCGUCCACGACUCAGGGUAAACGGUCCACGGUUGCCUUUUGUUUAUCCUUACGAUAAAGUCCAUUCCGAGGGUAACCGAACGGAACCUGUAAUUUUCCCGCUCCUCACCUGCGACUAGUCAAGUCACCUAUACGAAUGGCAUGCUCCGCAUACCGAUCCUAUCGCACUGAGGCAGCACGUAAUAUGGGGAACGCAAACUUCAACAAGAAGAAAAUCCUGUAUACCACGAAACGUGUCAAAGGCACGCAGCCAACGGCAACCUGCGGAGAACCUGUUUUCGCUGCAGCAGGGUUACAAUUAUUUCUCCUCGCCCAAAUUCCGUUCCUGCCUUCAGAGUUUCCCGCGCGCCCAUGAACUUAUUUCAGGUCGAACGGUUUUCGAAGAAAAUUGACCGUAUUCCACGACGUUCCACCUGCCACAGUAGUUUGCAUGUACUACCUGAUGAUGAUGAUUAUUAUUAUCUUGGUCCUCGAGAUAGCGCAGCGUUGCCACACCUCCGAAUUUCCAUAUAUAUCCACUCCCAUUUUGCAAAUUCUACGAGGAUCAGCUCAGAACAUAUCCAGAUUUUCUCAGACCCCCCUUUUUUAGGAACAUAUGUAUUAUUGUUUGUGUGGUGAAAAGAUGACAUGCAGUAUUUGCACUAAACACGGUUAGUAGUCCACAGUUGAUAGCCCGACACAAACAAGGUUCGGAUAACCCUAUGUGCUGCCACCAUUUUGUGCAUUGGUAGUUUUCUUUAAUGUUAUUCGAUUAUCUCAUAGUAGUUUUCUGUUUUUUUUUUUCUUUACUGGAUAUUUUAUGUGCAAAGUUCCUGCGUCUAUCAGUCACGAAGCCCAUACGUAAAAUAUUGUCCGUUCGGCAGCACGGCCCUACAUUCGCAGAAAUCUAUAAUGUUGACUGUGGCGACACUGGAUAUACAGAGAACUAACGUACGCCUCCCGUAUUACUGAGUGGCAUUCAAGAAAAUAGGUCGAACGCAAGGAACGUGGACUGUCUUCCGUGGACAUACGUGUUGUAUAAAGGCCCUGUACAGUGUAAAUGGAGUCGUGUAAGAUACUGAAGGAAUGUUGUUCAUUAAAAUGUUUAUUGUUUACCA